AAGCCCAAAAACUAACGAGGGCGCCUCCAACAUUCAGGAAGUUAAACCAUUGCCGCAGAAGCGAUCCAGACCGGAAAGAGAGGUGGGGUAGAGUGCUCGGUCGGUUUUAACGGCUUAAAAAUAUAUGCUUAGAUUGGUGUCCUUGGUCUGCGUGACAAGAACCUAUCACAAAGCCCAGAUGAUACGCGGUUGGCUAAACGCAUGAAAACACACGAUGGUAGAGGACAUCUGCCACCAGCUCCAAAGCGCGCCACCUUGGCGUUUCAGCAACGGCAGUUCCGGAAACUCAUCACUCCGUUUCGUUCACCUUUGAUGCCGAACAAGGAUGAGGGUGCGCCAUCAGGGGAUCUAUUAAAGUCCAAGAGCCAUUUGCCGAUUGUUCCCGCACCACCGCCAGCUCCGAAAAUACCACUCACACCUCAGAAACAUCACCGUGCCCAUGUAGCUCCGUCCGUUACACCAGUUAAGACCAGAGUUCGCACUCUCAAAGCGGCGUCACAAUUCAAAUCUCCAUUAAGCAUUUCUGCUUCAGCAUCGUCCGGAAGAGGAUCAUCGAUUCGACUGACACCUACGGUCCAGUCCCUAGAACGAAAAUUACAACUUCUUAAGCGCGCUGUCAAAGUGAAAGAAAACGAUGAGGAAAAUACACUCAUCAGGCUCAUCAAGAAAUGGACGGAGGCAGGGAGGGAGGUCGCAUAUGAGCUUUGGGAUUUGGUGAAAAGUUCUGCGAACAAGGGAGACGGUGUUGGUUGGGACGGGGGUAGGGGCAAGAUGGGCUCACGGGACUCGAACUGGGGUUGGGACUCCCCUGGAAUCAAACGCGAAGGCUAUCCGGAGAACGAGAUGGAUACUGCUGUGGAGAAUUCCUUGGACGAAGGCUACACCAACAAGAUCCUUUCAGAAGAUGAUGAACAAACACGGAACACCAUGGGUACGAUGCUCCGACAGCUUGGAAUCGCUACAGAGACAUUGGGAUGGGAUGAAGAUGCAGAGGUUUUCUUCGAUUAAAGCUAUGUUUUAUUCAGGGUUGUGCUGUUCUACAUCAAGGUAAUGGUAGUCGAAACAUGGAAGUUUUAAUUAACCAUCGUCUUAUUCUUCAAUAUUCCUUAGCGCCUCUUCAACAAUCACUUCGGGGAAUUCAUUCUG